GUCGAAUUUCGUUCAGCGUUUUUUUUUUUUUUCAUUUCCAGAUUGUACAACUGCUACAGCGCCCCGUUGUUCUCUGUGUGGAUGGUGGCUACAAAGGAGGCAGGCAGCGGCGCACAAGUCCCGCCUGCAUUUCCCUCUGGAAGAGUCUCAGUAUCGACACUCCCGACUGGGGAUUGGAGCGGCGGCUUGUCAGUAAAUUAGCCCACCCUUCACCCAGUGUGCAUGAGGGAAACCGAGCCAGACAGUGACGGAUCUGAUCCCCCACCCCCCCUCCACCCCCAAGUCAUCAGCUGCCUGCCACACCAGCACGCUACAAUACCGACCCGGAGCCAUCCGCCGCGCUGUGACACCUGGCAGGGAUGGAGAGAGAGAUGCAGCCCGCAGAUGAAGGGCCCUGCGCCCCGAAGAUGUGCCGACAACAGCGGGGGCCGUACAGCACCCUGAAAACCUUCCAGAGCAAGCGCUCUGCGGGCAAGUCGCGUUUUGACAGGUCCGCGGUGGUCGAGGUGCCUCUGUUUGGCGACGGGCAUCACUUCACUUUCCAUCCUGAGCAGCCUCAUCAUUUCCAGCCGCACCAUCACCAGCAGCAGCAGCGUCUCCAGCAGCUCCAUCAAACCAGCGUCGCUAUCAGCAGUAGCCAGCAGCAGCAGCAGCAGCAGCAACAUCGUUUCCCAUGUGAGAACAGGCCCAGCAGCAGGGUCCCGACAUCCACCUCGGCGCCGGCGGGUUGCGUGGCGGCAGCAGCAGCGUCUCCUGGUACCCAACAGAGGCGCGCCAACAGCGGCAGAGCUGAGCCCAGAUUUUCCCCAGACUGCACUUAUGGUAUCAGCUCAGAGAAUCGGCUCAUCCUGGAUGCCUUUGCCCAGCAGUGUAGCCGAGUCCUCAGCCUCCUCAACAAUGGCCGUCUCCUGGAGCCCUCCUCCUCCUCCUCCUUUACCUCUAACAUCAAGCUGGAAGACGGGCCAGGGGAGGCACAGGGUCUUCACUGCUCCUCUCUGGGAAAGUCCAAACCUGAAGAGAGUUCUUCUACCACAGACCCAGAAGAGGAGGCCCAACAAAGCCAUUUGAGCCAACAACAGACCUCUGCCGUUCUCCGCAUCUUCACGGACUCCCUACAGAACUACCUGCUCUCAGGGCCUCAGCAGCAACAACACCUGGCUGCGGGUAUGGAAGAUGAGCAGUGCCCGUCGGCGGAACCCGGCUUAGGGGUGUCUCCUCCGAGACACAACCUGGGGGGCUGGGGCUCGCCGACUCCGUCAGAGUCGUACGGCCACCCGUCGUCCACGCUGCCUGAGGAGGAAGAGGAGGAGGAGAGCUGCUGUCCACGCUGCCUGGAGUUGGAGCAGGAAGUGCUGUCUCUGCAGCAGGAGAAUGAGGAGCUCCGCAACAAGCUGGAGAACAUACCAGUUCCAUGUCAAAAUGCUCUUGACUACUUCAAGACUGUUCUUGAGUUUCACAACCAGCUGGUCCAACCGAUGCCAGAGGAGCCGCUCACAGAGGAAGAAGAGCGGCAAACAGUCUUUGAGGGCAGCAAACAGCUCCUGGAGAACUACCCUCUCUUCAUCUCUAAUAAGCAGUGGGAUGAAGCUGUCAACUCCUCUAAGAAAGACGGCAGACGGCUGCUGCGCUACCUGAUUCGCUACGUCUUCACCACAGACGAGCUCAAGUUCUCCUGCGGUUUGGGCAAAAGGAAGCGUUCAGUCCACUCAGGAGAUCCAGGCCUGGAGAGGCGACCCCUCAACCCCGUCAAAGUCAGCUGCCUCAGAGAGUUCAUCCGGAUGCACUGUGCCUCAAACCCAGACUGGUGGAUGCCCUCCGAGGAGCAGAUAAACAAAGUGUUCAGUGAUGCCGUCGGUCACGCUCGUCAGGGCCGAGCGGUCGGUACGUUCCUGGGCAGCAGCGGCAGCAGCACCAGCAGCCUCUACAUGGACGGCUUUGAUGGACAUCUGUCACAGGACGAACUGUAUUUAAAAGGCUGCCAGAAUGGCCAAUCGGACUGAAGUUAAAGGAGAAAAAUAAAGACAGAUGCCAGAAAUGUAGCUGUACAACAACAUAUCCCAAAACACUGACCUUAUCCUGUCACUUUACAAAGUGAAGAAAACAUUCCAGAAGUUUAUCAAACAGAAUAUAAUUACAGUCUCUCUGUAGCAGUUCCUCUUUUCAGUUUUGUAGCUUUUUUGCCAUUUUUAUACCUAAAAUUUUGUUUAGUCAAAACAUUUGACUCUAAAGGGGUGUUUUAAACUUUACACAAAAUUUGAGUCUUCCAUUUGCUACUUUUUCUAUGGUUUGAUGUUAUGAGCACGUAUGUCACUAUCAAUAGUAUAUUUGUUUGUUUUGUAUUUUUUGGGAUAAAGUCCCAGUGAAUUUUUGUGCUAAUGUUUCCCAAGCUGGAGACUUUAUGAUAUCCGUCACUGACACUGCACACUCUAUCACAGAGAAUAGCAUUUGCAUUUUUUAUUUAAAUUCUGCAUCAUUGGUGAAGCACCUUUACUUGCAGCCCUUCUACAGGAGUGCCUCUAAGAAAGUCAUGUUUUUGUUACCUAUAGUCUUGCACUUUGAAUCCCGUUUUUUGCUUUCUUAAUUUGUAUCAAUUCUGAUGUGUCAAGUUUUAUUUCUGAAAAAGAAAAGUUCAUUCAAAGUUCAUUCCAGUGUGCUCAAAUGUAGCAUCCCUGGGGUUGAAAUAAGUGGUGGUCAAAGUUGGUCUGUGUGCAACUGAAAAAAAGGCGUGUCAUAUUGCGGAACACCUAUAAAAUAAGUCACAGAGACACUUUUAAAACUUAAUUUGCUUUCCAACGCAACUACAACCAAAGUUUUGUUCCUCUUAAAGUCUUAGAUAUUAACUGUUCAAUAACAGGCCCUGCAGAAUUCCUUACAUCUGCAAAGGUUACAUCCUAAAUUUGUUUGAAAUACAGUAUAUGGCAGCCUUGUAAAGCUGAUGUUUGUUCCAUAAAAUGAAGAUAUUCUCAUUGUUAAAAUGCAGAUUAGCAGGAAACAACAAUAAAUACUAUUUAUGCUAAUUUCUGCACUGUCUUAUAAAAAUUAAGUAUUUGCUCUGUCAGUUCUUUUUAUCAUCCCGGUGCAAAACGUCUUGCAUUAAUCCAACCGCAAGGUAAAUUUAUUGCUUUUGACAUUCAGUCAGUCAUUAGCAAGAAGUUUCUUUGACUCGAGAUGAAUCAACGUUAUGUCUUUUUGUUUAAGGCAGUUGCCAUAUAAUAAUGCCUUAAACUUUAUUCAAGACCUCUGCAGUAUUAAGUGUUGAUGCUUUGUGUGUUAGGGUUAGGGUUUUCCACUUCUAAUUAUCUCUUAACCCACAUGGUGGGGGGAUUGAGCACUUAUUUCUCUCCGAAGCUCUUAUUUGCACUUUUAAGUGUCUCAUUGUGGCUAAAGUCACCCUACAGUGAGAAGUCCUUGAACUGAAUUUAACCAUUUGUAUUCUUUGACUAUGUAUUUAUUUGUUUUGGUACUCAAUAACUUCCCUUCAUGACACAGUUUUUCUACGUUUUAAUGUACCAGAUUUAUUAGGUCCGUUUGCCACGUCGACAGUGCUGUGUAAAUGUGUAAUAUAAAGUACAGUAUUGUGUGAGGUGUUCUUGAAAUACCAUGUCUCUCUCUUUUAAAAAGCCAAGUAGAAAAGUGCCACAGAAACCUUUAACAGUUGGAUUCUGUCGUUGUGUUACUGUUCUGAAUGUGAGCGUUUAUUUGUAUUUACUCCUUUACCCUCAAAGUGGCUGUUAUUAACACUGUGAAACAUCAGUAGGGUUUUUACAAAUCUAAUGGCUUCUGUUGUUUUUUAAUUAUAAUAAAUAAAAUAAGCACUGAAGCUGAAAUCUUACAUUGAUUUUAGCAUGUGUCGAGUAUCAUGUAUAGAGUUAUGUAAACUUGUCAAAAAUUGCAUUAUUGUACACAUUUUGUAAUUCUUAGGGAAGGAUCCGUUUAAAGGGAGAGUAGUGUUUAUUUACAGCACAGUUUUAUUUUUGUGUCAUUAAAUAUCAUCAAAUCUAUGAUUCCAUAUAGUCAUGCAUUGGCUGGUUAAAUUAUGUUUUGAGACACUUACAGUUUGGGUAUAAAGAUAUAAAGUAACUUAUGAUUGGUGGAUUGUAGUUAUGUGGGUUUGACAAUAAUUUGUUUUUUUCUUUAGAAUGGAGAUUCAAAUAAUUUCAAGCAGUGGUGGAAGAUGUGCAUGACUUUUACUUAAGAAAAAGUAGCAAUACAACUAUGUAGAACUAUAACUGCUUUAAAUCCUGUUGGGACUGUUAAAUUUAUAGCACUGCAACAUAUUUUAUAUAUUGAUCAGAUG